GGAUGAAGUAAUUCAAACGAAGAUAAAUCAGGCCAACACCAGCCGAGAUUAAGAGAAGUACUAGCACGGCGUUGGUAGUUUAACGGCUGCACCCAGCCAAUGCCACGACGAUCGUCUACCGUCAAUCAACUACCGUACGCGUCCCCAGCGGACCGUAUUCUUAUCAGUCGUAACAAUGAAACUCCCAGCGAAUCCUCCCGCGAUAUUGCUUGCUGGCCGCCAAGAGCAAUCGUCGAGCCGCCCGGUUCAUCACGCUCGUGGUGCUCACUGACGGCACCCAGUCACCGGCGGGAGAACUAUACACAUAAUACGACAGACACUCUACCAUUGGGUCCCGAGACGCCCCCUCGAGAUUGCCAUGCCAAUAUGGGAAAAGAGCCUAUUAGGGCAGCGUGGGCCAGCCCAUCGUUAAGAGCGCGCCCAGAGGAAAGGGUCGGCCGAAGAGCUGGUGGGGGGAAAUGCCUGGGAAGGGUCGCACAGGUUCCGUGUCUCUUUGCUGAGAACCGGUGCUAUGAGGUCUUGGCAGCCUCUGCAACACCUUUUAACCGGCGGGGGUCGAGCCGACGAGAUAAAGUGGAAGUGGUCGCAUUCGCUUCUUUUUGGGCUCGUUUGUUUCUGGCAAUCAAUGCAACGCUCGUUUAUCCACUGCCCUGGGGAAAUCCGACACCCAGGUUUCAUGGCAGGCAUACGAGGCUCGUCUAUAUCCUGCGGCCUUUGCAAAGACGCAGGCGGGUCGCUUGUGUUCCCAGGAGCCUUAUUUUGGGUCAAGCCGUGCUGAAUUGACUGCUGCCUUGAAAGACAAGUCUUUGGUGCUCAAGGGUGAAGGCAUGAAGUCGGGCCGUUGUCCAG